CAGCACGCAAGUAUUGAAAUGCUAAGCGCUCACGCAAUAUAGCGCCAGCGGUGUUUACUGUAAAUGUGGUUAUUCUCGAUCACCCAUUCUAAGUAUCAAUUGUUGUUGCUUCUUUUGUGACACUCUUGAUAUAAGAUAGGAGGAAGCUUGGCGAAAGGACGAUGCGAGGAGAGAGGGCGGCGAGACCAAAGGCAGCUCCUUCGCCAGACGUGACGCUAAAGGCAUGAAAGCAAGCUGAGGUCGUCACUAUGCCUUUCAGCAGGCAUUUGUGGAUUUGGAGGAUCUUGCAAUGCAUUGUUCAGUACAGCUGAGAACAUUUAACCCCGAUAGGACACAUCAGACAACGACAGGCAGGGAUGUUUUGUCAUCUUUGUCUAGUGUGUCCCUAUCGUGGUAUUAGCUUUAUCUCAGUUGUACUCAACGCACUGCAAGACGAGCUAACGCGAAUCAGCCCGAUUUCUCUCUGUAUUCAUUUAGGCUUAGCGUCGUUAAUGCGAGUCGCACGGUGUAAUUUCGAUCGAGCCCGAUCGGAAUCGAAUGGCUCGACCGCGACUGGCUCCCUUCUGCAGCUUGUGCAAAUAAUCCAAUCGUGACAUAGAAAUUCGAUUCCCGAUCGGGCUAGAUCACGGUCGAAAGUGCCCGUAUGGCAGAUGUAUUAUGCAGGCCAUUGACUGUGUCAUAUUAGUGAAGGUGCUGAUUAGGGAUCACUGAACAUCGCGUGCAUAUACAUUAAAUUACUCAUAAGGAAAUGCCCUUGCGUGUGCUUUCUAGGAAAACUAUAUCUGGAACCUUACGUUAAUAUUUACGUUACUCAGUCUGCCUGCUUACAUUAACAUUUUGCUCGUUUAGACACUGCGUUUGGUAGACUUGCAAACAUGUUGGAAAUGCGUAGGUGGACACCGCCGGGCCAAGCUGUGUCAUUGCAUACAUGACGGCAUUUCCGAAAUCUUGCUACGGAACUGGCGUUUAGCAUGCGUUUCUAGAUGCAUGGGGCAUGAUACGUCAGUGGUUUAAUCAAAAUUUUGCCGCCAAACUUCGAGAAUGCUUAUCCUAACUUUUGGUGUGCCUGUGUGUUAUCGCGGACAACGAGAAGUAUCGGUAAAGCGCACUUCGUGUAGCGUGAGGUGUCAUCAGUAUCCGAAGUACGGCGUGAAUGUACCGAUUAAUCACACGUUGUUACAUAUUCAGCUAUACACCGAGGUAAACAAAAGCAUCUAUUGUCAGAACAAGCAGAGGGAGAAGGUCACUUUGCCCAUUCUGCUUUAUGCUCCUAACCACGGUGUUUAAAGAAGUAAUUCGUUUUUCACGUUUUUUAACAUUCCGAACGGUAAUCAGAAUAGCGACUCUGAAAAAGAAUUACGAAACCGUUAUUUUUUUUUCAUCGGUCUCAGGAGGCUUAGCUUUUGAAAAAUACUCGACUCAUUGCAUGCAAACUCGUCAAAUGUAGGCGCAUGGUUUGAUGAGGAUUAGGAGUCAGCCGAAAACUGGAGCAUACGGGCAUACCCCAAGAACCGAGAACUUCGGGUGCUAACAUAUGUCGCCCUCUUUUCCUCUUUUUCCAUGUUCGCAGGUCGGUGCAUCGCAGGCCUUGCUGUCCAGCACUAUUCUUUUAUCCCUACUCGCUCCUGCUUGUUACUAGCUGCUUGCGUUGGCUAUUCGCGUUUCUCAUAAUGCAUUCGUCAGGCUUCCUCAUAUGAUGGCAUUUGGGACUCGUGGGAUGCGCAUAUCGCAGCUUGGUGCGCAGUAUUUCGCAACGAUUCUUCUCCUCUUACUUUAUUAAUAUCUUAUUACGCGUCCUGCCAAUAAGCAAAUCGCGUUGAUGGCGGAAGCGCUGGUUCAUACGAAUCGGUGACGGAGGCCAAGAAGCGUUAGAAUGAAAAGAAUCGUUGCUAAAUACAGCCCCUGCAGCUCUUCUGACUGGCGUGUAAGUUCUUUUUUUCAUUUUCGUUCAUACGUUUAUUUCUCUCUCUCUCUCUCUCUUUCUCUCUUUCUCGUAAAGCAAAGAUACAACGCUGUUGGAGCUAUGAUAAUGACGGUACGUGGUUGUGGCCCCAGUACCAGUGCAUCGCCAACAACUCGUGCGGCGGCACACAGCAGUCGCCGGUGAACAUCGAGACGUUCAGCGCAGUGCACGACAUCGCCAUGAAGGCGCUCGAGUUCGAGGGCCACGGCGUGCCGUUAGAGAACUUCACAGUCAACAAUGACGGCCUUUCUCUGACCCUCAAGGCGGCGCCGGGGGACGUGACGGCGAGGACGGUGCGGGGCGGUCGGCUGCCGGGCAAGUUCGUGUUCCGGCACGCGCUCUUCCACUGGGGAUCCGGCUCGCGCCAGGGCUCCGAGCACCAUGUCGACGGUAUCGCCUACCCCAUGGAGUCACAGCUGGUUUAUACGAACGAGAAAUACAGCGCCGCAGAUGCCGCCAAGGAACAUGACGGUGUCGCCAUUAUUGCAACGUUAUACAGGGUUACGUUUGUGGACUUCGAAUCGGUGAAGGCGAUGCGGGCCGUCCUGGCUGCGCUGAACUCCGGCGCCCGGAGCAAACGCCGUCGACGCCGCCUCCUUCCUUGGAUGGUGCGCCGCCUCACGGGCCGUGGCGACAGCUCGUCAGGAGACGCGGACACGCACGUUCCCCGGCUGACGCUGGACAGCCUGAUGCCACCCGCGGGCCGAGACGAGUUCUACACGUACCGUGGCUCGCUCACCAUGCCUCCGUGCACAGAAUCCGUCAGUUGGACCGUCUUCAACAGGCAGGCAUUCAUCAGCGAGUCCCUGCUACAAAAGCUCCGGAGGCUCAAAGAUCGCACGGGUGUCAAGCCCCUAAUGGACAACUUCAGGCCGCCGCAGAAACUCAACGACCGCAGGAUAAUCUCCUCCUUCCCGCCUUUCUGACGCCGCGCGUUGGGCAGCUGCCCCGAGACUGAUACUCGCAUGAUACAUCACGCACGUCUUGUCCCGCUAAUGGCCUGCGCAUAUGUAUAGUGUAUGUCGAGCGAUUGCGAAUCGUAGCAUUUCCCAUUCGUGUUGCAUUCAAGUCACUUAAGCGAGGUGACUUGUCAUUCGUAGUGUGACGUUAUUCGAAAAUGACAAUUACAACUCGUAUUCAUAUGGUCAAUGCGCAGCGUAUACUUUUUAUAACAUAUUUUUGGUGGCGUCUUUUUU